CAAUUGCAUUGAAUCAGUCACCAUCUAUCAGAGAGAAGGCUAUCCUGCUGGUGAAACUGAUGGUACAUAUAGAGAAGAGGUUUAAUGAUGACCAAGAGUUGAGUGCACAGUUUCUGGAACUUGUCAUCUACAUUUACAGGGACGAAGGUCUAAGUGGUACAGAGUUGACUACCAAACUAGAGCAGGCUUUCCUGUCGGGUCUACGAUGUCAACAGCCUCAUAUCAGACAGAAAUUUGUCGAGGUUUUUAACAGCAGUAUUCCACGUAGAGUGUUUGAACGCCUUCUGUAUAUAACGUGUUCCCAGAACUGGGAGCUGAUGGGAGGCCACUUCUGGAUUAAACAGUGCAUUGAGUUACUGAUGUCUGUGGCAGUAAAUGGUCACACUAUACAGAGUGCCUCUUCCCUCAACCUGUUACCCUCGGCCAGCAGUAUUGUUAGCCUGGCAGACAGUCAGGAUCGCGCUCACUUCGCCACCAUCAUGAAAAUGAAAGAAGAACCCAUGGAUAUCGAGGCUCUAGAUUCAAAUAAAGAGGACGAUGAGAUAGAUAUAGAACUUGGUGUAGCAUCGGAUGAGGCUACACAGAAAGAAUCCCCGAAGAAGGAGAUACAAGACCCUAAACAGAACUUACAGACGUUACUACAGAGACAGGCCAAAUUCCUCGAAAACUGUCGGGAAAUAAAGACUGUGCAGUAUUUGGGAGCACUAAGUCAGUUAUGCCACAGUUCAACAGAUCUCAGUCAUAUAUUGUGGAUGGAUUUAUACCCGAGGAUAUGGAAGGUUCUCUCCGAAAAACAACAACAGAUGUUAGGAGCAGAGUUAGUUCCCUUUAUGUGCAGUGGCAGCCAUGUUGGACAGAAGGACUGUCAUCCCAGUGCAAUACACACGUUUGUGGAGAGUCUGGCCCUCUGUGUACCACCGGUACCUAUCAGACCUAGUAUACUCAAGUAUUUGGGUAGGACACACAACCUCUGGUAUAGAUCCUGUCUUCUCCUGGAACAGAUCGCCUUCGAUAAUGCACCAUCAGGUCUUGUGAAAAGAGGCGGUGCUAGUGAAUACGAGUUUGAACCCUCGGGAUCUAAUGCUCCAGGACAGGAGACGCUAGAUGGCCUAUGUGACCUCUACAGCUUGUUGAAGGAGGAGGACAUGUGGGCAGGGCUUUGGCAGAAAAGAUCGAAGUUUGCAGAAACCAAUACAGCCAUAGCGUACGAGCAACACGGAUUCUUUGAGCAGUCGCAGAGCUCGUACGAAGCAGCAAUGGCGAAAGCACGAUCUGACCACAAUGCAGGGGCAGCGUCACCCACCAUUAUACCAGAAUACAGACUGUGGGAAGACCAUUGGAUCAGAUGUUCUAAAGAGUUGAAUCAGUGGGAUCAUCUGUUAGAGUACGCCAACUCUAAAGGCAACACAAACCCUCAUCUUGUAUUAGAGAGUGCAUGGAGAGUACCAAACUGGGCGCUCAUGAAGGAUGCUCUCUCACAGGUUGAACUGAGUUGCCCUAAGGAGAUGGCGUGGAAAGUGAACUUGUAUCGAGGGUAUAUCGCCAUCUGUCACCCUGACGAUCAUCAUUUAAAUAUGAUUGAGAGACUAGUGGAGCUGUCCAGUAAUCUGGCAAUUAAAGAAUGGAGGAGGUUACCUCAUAUUGUCACACAUAUACAUGUUCCACUCUUACAGGCUGCACAGCAGAUCAUGGAGUUACAGGAGGCUGCCCAGAUCAACCAGGGUCUACAACCGGCCAACAUCACCCGCAGUACUAGUCUUCAUGAUAUGAAAGCUAUUGUCAAAACUUGGAGGAAUCGUCUGCCUAUGAUAUCCGAUGACCUGUCUCACUGGAGUGAUAUAUUUACCUGGAGACAACACCACUAUCAGUUCAUUGUAAACCAUUAUGAUGCUGCACAAGAUCAGCAAAACAAUCAUUCAAUGUUGGGAGUACAUGCCUCGGCCCAGGCUAUCAUACACUUCGGUAAAAUUGCCAGGAAACACAACUUGUCAGGUGUCUGCCUCGACUCCCUCAGCAGGAUUCACACAAUACCCAGUGUUCCGAUAGUGGACUGUUUCCAGAAGAUUAGGCAGCAAGUGAAAUGUUACCUACAGAUGGCUGGAUCCAUGGGCAAGCCUGAGUUAAAUGAAGGACUUGAAGUUAUAGAGUCAACCAAUCUGAAAUACUUCACCAAAGAGAUGACAGCAGAGUUUUAUGCCUUGAAGGGAAUGUUCCUAGCCCAGACAGGUCGCUCUGAUGAUGCUAACAAGUCGUUCUCGGCAGCUGUACAGAUGCAUGAUACUCUCGUUAAAGCAUGGGCAUUGUGGGGAGAUUAUCUAGAAUCUGUCUUCACCAGGGACAAACAAAUCAACCUUGGCGUAUCUGCUAUCACAUGUUUCCUGCAUGCAUGUCGGCACCAGAACGAGAGCAAGUCACGGAAAUACCUUGCUAAAGUUCUCUGGUUACUGACGUAUGAUGAUGAAAAAUCUACCCUGGCUGAGGCAGUGGAUAAAUACUGUGUAGGAGUUCCGCCAGUACAGUGGUUGCCUUGGAUUCCACAGUUGUUGACAUGCCUGGUUAGAAAUGAGGGACGUCUAAUUAUGAACCUGUUGAGUCAAGUUGGAAGGAUGUACCCACAAGCUGUCUACUUCCCAAUAAGGACUUUAUACUUGACACUUAAAAUUGAACAAAGAGAAAGAUACAAGAGUGGAGAGAUGACAUUAAGCAGGAGUAAUUCUCAGGUUGCCACGACAACAAGUUCCGGUUCCAGUGGCCAGAUUAUGUCACCUACAACACCAGGACUUGUUGUACCAACCACGCCAGAACCCACACUCUCUGUUACAGACACAGUAAGUUCAGGUUCCACCACUUUAACUGCCACAUCUACCACCACUGCCAGUAGUUCCGCCUCGGGACGGGGCAGCUCAAGUCAGUCGGAUGCUGGCCCGAUACGUGCACCAGCUCCAAUGUGGCGGUGCAGCCGGAUCAUGCACAUGCAGCGCGAGCUUCACCCAACUAUCCUAUCGUCGCUAGAGGGUAUCGUUGACCAGAUGGUCUGGUUCCGGGAGAACUGGUAUGAGGAGGUCCUCCGCCAGCUACGGCAAGGUCUGGCGAAAUGUUACGCUGUAGCAUUUGAAAAUAGAGCCUCGGUUGCUGAUGCUACAAUUACUCCACAUACCCUCAACUUUGUGAAGAAGUUGGUCAGUACAUUUGGUGUUGGUAUCGAGAAUGUUUCCAACGUAGUCACCACUUUCUCUAGUGCCGCGUCCGAGUCUCUGGCGAGGAGAGCUCAGGCCACGGCACAGGAUCCAAUCUUCCAGAAGAUGAAAAGCCAGUUUACCACAGACUUUGAUUUCAGUGUACCAGGCUCAACAAAACUUCACAAUCUUAUAAACAAGCUGAAGAAAUGGAUCAAAAUUCUGGAGGCCAAGACAAAACUGUUACCAAAGUCAUUUUUGAUUGAAGAGAAGUGUAGAUUCUUGAGUAAUUUCUCUCUCAACACGGCUGAGGUGGAACUACCUGGUGAAUUUCUGCUGCCAAAGCAUAGUCACUACUAUGUGAGGAUAGCUAGGUUUAUGCCUAGAGUAGAGAUUGUACAGAAACAUAAUACUGCCGCUAGACGACUUUAUAUCCGAGGCCAUAAUGGAAAGAUUUACCCGUACCUAGUUGUCAAUGAUGCUUGCCUCACAGAAUCUCGUAGAGAGGAGAGAGUGCUCCAGUUGUUGAGGAUGUUGAAUCAUUUCCUUACAAAACAAAAGGAGACAAGUAGACGUAUGUUGUAUUUCACUGUGCCGAGGGUCGUAGCAGUCUCCCCUCAGAUGAGACUUGUCGAAGAUAACCCAGCCUCUGUUUCACUACUGGAUGUAUACAAACAGAGAUGUAACAAGCGAAGUAUCGAGCAUGAUGCACCUAUUGCAAGAUAUUACGAGAGAUUACUGACAGUACAGGCGCGUGGCACACAGGCCAGCCACCAGGUGCUGCGGGAUAUACUUAAAGAGGUCCAAAAUAACAUGGUUCCACGUGGUCUGUUAAAAGAAUGGGCACUUCAUACAUUCCUUGAUGCUACUGAUUAUUGGAUAUUUAGGAAAACUUUUACUGUACAGUUGGCAUUGAUGGGUUUUGCCGAGUUUGUGUUACAUCUGACGAGAAUGAAUCCCGACAUGAUGUACCUACAUCAAGAUUGUGGUUAUAUUAACAUCUCCUACUUCAAGUUUGAUAUCGAUGACCAGUCAGGAGACCUGGAUGCCAACAGACCAGUACCAUUUAGGCUGACCCCUAACAUUGCUGAGUUCCUGACCUCUACAGGGGUCACAGGGCCUCUGACUGCCUCUAUGAUAUCCACUGCAAGAUGUUUUGUACAGCCACAGUAUAAACUACCAAGUUUCCUAAGAGCUAUUCUUAGAGAUGAGUACAUCACAUGGCACAAAAAGAAGCAGGAGGAGGUAAAUCCGGGUACAGAGCCAUCAGAGAUGGAAGGGGAGCAACUCAUCACCAUGGUGAACAAAGCUGUAUCUGCUAUAACAACUAGAUUACAGAAUUUAGCAACAUUUGAGGGAGCUGAAAGCCGUGUGAACACGCUGGUAGCUGCAGCAAACAGUCAUGAUAAUCUGUGCAGGAUGGAUCCAGCCUGGCACCCCUGGUUGUAAAGUAAUCAUAAUAAUCUCUGUAGAAUGGACCCGGCCUGUAGAGUGGACCCAGCCUGGAACCCCCGGUUGUAAAAAUAAACUUGGUAAUCUCUGUAGAAUGGACCUGCCCUAGCACCCCUGGUUUUAAAAAUUAACUUUACCUAAUCUGCUGAUUUAUAGAAUGGACCAAUCAUGAAGCAACUGGUUUAAGAAUUAACUUUACCUGAAAACAUUGUAGAAGGAAUGGACUUGUGCUUGUGAUCAUGGUUUAACAACAUGGAAUUUAUCUGUGAAAAAAAUUUUAUUUGUAGGAUAGACUGUAAUGUCUGUUAAAAAUGAAUUUAAAAUGACAUGACUGUUUUAAGACUUGACUUCACUGCUGAAUGAUCAACUUUGUAUGAUAUCACUGUUGAAGAAUGGACUUUACCUGAUUUCACUGUUUAAGAAUGAAUUUUACAUGAUAACACAGUUUAAGGAAUGAAUGUUACCUGAAAUCUUUGUUGAUGGAGAAGAUCUAACGUGAAUCAUUGUUUGAAGGGAAGAACAUUACCUGAUAUCAUUAUCAAAGGAAAGGAACUUACCUGAAAUUGUUGUUGAAAGAAUGUAUUGAUUUAUUGUAUUUAAUAAAUAUAGAUACUGG